AUCGUCGGGGCGACUGUUAUUGCGGACUACUUAAAGGCCGAGCUCCCCGGAAUCAGAGCUUGGUAGCUUUGACAUCAGCGCAUCAGGCUUUCGUCCGACGACCGUCGUUCUUCAGCAAUCAAACAGGAUACAGCGACCAUGUCAACUGUCUUUCAUGUCACUGUUCACGUUGCGCCGCAGGAUGUCUCGAGAUUCCUGCGAGCUGCGGAGCCGACAAUUGAAAAGAUGAAGAAAGAGUCCGAGCUGAUGUAUUUCGAGAUGUAUCAAGUUCAUGACUCUCCUGGUACGAUUACAUGGAUUGAGAAAUGGUCAGAGCCAGUAGACUGGAUAAUGAAGCACCAAAUGACGAAGGACUACUAUAAUGACUAUUUUGACGCUACGGAACCGUUUUACAUUGCGCCGAGGGAGCUGAGAAUUUUGAGCUCUCUUGGACCUCGUCAUACGUAUCAGAAGUCGUAAAACAGACUGGACGCGCUUUGAAGCAAUCUGGAAGCGGACUGGAGUUGAAGAUGAAUGUGAAAUAGAAGAGCUGAAAAUACAUAGUAAGGAAC